AUGAAGAAAUGUUAUGGAAAGCCGCUAGGGUUGAGAACAUUGUGUGAAACAAGAUGGAAUUCAACGCAGGGGUGUUUCGCGUCGCUACUACGUGUACAGUCAGCGCUUCAGAUGUUUCAUUGUCACAGAGGCGAGUGCGUCGAAGAUCGCUGGGAACAGUGCGAGCAACCCUUAUUUAUGCUUUGGUUUGCUUUGCAUCCUGUAUACGUGGAGUGUUCGAGAGAGCUACCGGAGACUGUGGUAUCUGGAAUCGGCACUCUUGCCAAAAUUGCUGCUUAUUUCUACAGACGGCUCUUUGGCACCGAUGAAAUUGGCCAACUUCGACGUGACAUGCUCGCAUGGAUGCAGAGAAGGUUCACAAGGAUGAAGCCAACUCGCUAUGAGAGUGCUCUCAAUCGCAGUCAAAACUGCCACAUGCGAGCGCUUGUUUAG